AUGUACGCCGUGAGGGUUACAGACACCAUAAGAGAGCACUCUGCUGUUGCAGUGCUGCGGAAGCCCAAUAUUGGAGUCUUUCGGCUGAUGGGCGACGGGUCCUUUCGCGCUUGCUUCUGCUUGCAUGCGCAGCCCCAAGUUGCUGCGCUGCUGCUGCAGCGGGAGGUUGCUGUUGUGCUGCUGCGAGGGGGAGACGUGCUGCAGCUGCUGCAGCAAGACCUUGAGGCCUUCGCUGCUGCUGCUGCUGCUGGAGACGUAGCAGACUGGUGGGCGCCGCUGCUGCACAAGACCAACUGCAGCGGCAGCAGUAGCGCUGCAGCUGCUGCUGUCGUUCCUGCUGCAGCUGCUGCAGCAGCAUCAGCAGCAGCGGCUAGCUGCAGCAGCAGCAGCCUUGCUGCUGUUGUAGCAGGCAAGUCUUCGACAUGCUCCGCUGCUGCAGCAGCAGCAGCAGGAGCAGCCACAGCUUCUGAUGCAGCAGCAGCAACUCAAGCAGUUCUUGUGGCGCUGCUGCAUGCGCAGCUGCCAGCAGCAGCUCUGCUGCAGGUGUGGGCGGAGAGCCUGCGCUGCUACAGGCGCUGCAGCGAGCUGCACAGUGCAGCAGCAGCAGCAGCAGCAGUGGAGCAGCAGCAGCAGCUGCAGCAUCUGCUGCAGGACACCGAUACAAAUGCGCUGCUGCAGCAGCAGCUGCUGCAGCAACCCUCCCCACAAGCCAAGAGAAGGCUGCUGCUGCAGCGGGAGCUGCUGCUGCUGCAGAGGAAGUCGCUCCUGCGGCGCCUCCCAGCGGAAGCAGUAGAGUGCCACGAGCACUGA